UUAUGAGAGGAUUUGAAUUGCCUGAAUGUAUCGCGUUCAAAAUCCUACACUACCGACUUUUAAUUUCAUUAAUCAGAUUAUCUUAAUCUUACGCUUGCGACAUCUUCGAUUUUCAUCGAUAACAACUAUUACUGAUUGUAAUUUCGUUUUAUGUGCUUACUAAGUAAUCGGCUCACUUAUUUUCUCGUUCUUUCCUCUUUCAGAUUCUCACAUACUGCAUCUAACACUUCCCCAGAACAUAGGUUACCUCUGGACUAAACGGGAACCUACGGAAUACUAAGCGCUACAUGAAAUAGCAUGCGAAUAUCAAGAUUAUGUGGUUCUGCAAAUCACUGUGCACGGAUAUCAACACGCAAAACCAUUUUCGGUGAUGUGAGAGAAUCUCGUAUUGUUUUUUGUAUUGACACUUCUGGAAGUAUUUACAAAGUCUGGGAUCAGAUUUGCUCUCAUAUUGUCGAACAUUUGUGCAAGAUGGCUAUAAACAACAAAGCCUUGUAUUUCAAUGUUAUAACAUUCGAUGACUAUGUCAAGCGCUUCCGAACGAAGCUUGUAGUAGCUUCUUACAUAAAUAUACAGGAGUUAAAUAGGUGGUUAAGAAGUGUAUGUUUUGGGACUAGCUGUUAUGUCUUUCCUGCGUUAUUGGCGUCUUACUCGCAUGUGGAUGCGGAAUGUGUAUUACUAGUCACAGACGGUUUACUGACUAAGGAGUUUUAUGAGAUACAACAAUUAUCCACAGUUUGCAACUCACGUCCCCUCUAUUUAACCCUUUUAAUGAAUAAUAUAAAUCCAAAUAACAGAGUUAUUGAACUGGCUUCUAAAUUAUUGAUGAUGACGUGUUGUUCGAAGAGCAGACUGAAUGUUAUUACAAUUGCUGUGAGUGGAUGUUUUGUCCAGCUUUCACCAAUUGAAUGGAGUAUCAGAGUUCCUUCAAAACUUUACGGAUGCCCGAAUUCGUGCUAUAAGUUUGUGCUUGACAGUCUACACAAAUUUCCAAACGAAAUCACAGGUGGAAUAUGUCCUGUUAAAAAUCCACAGACGCAUAAUUUGACAUCUCAAGAAGCCAUGAAAGAUAGUGCUUGUCAAGUUUCGAACCCUUCAAGUGAAAAACUAUUAACAGACAGUUCCAUUCACCUCCCUAAGAUUAAUGAACAGCAAGUUCAAAGAAGUAAAUUGCUUGAAAUGAAUGACUGCCAAACUCAGACAAUUUCUGGCACGUCAGAAGAAGUGACUACAACAGAUUCAAACCAGUUUAUUACCUCUUCAUCCCAAACAAUGUAUGGUGAAGGUCAUAAUCAUAACUGUAUGUGCAAUUCGUGUCUUGCAUAUGAAUGUUCAGAGGAACAUGCUGGUAAUAAAUUCAAACGAAGCAGAUAUCGUGUCGCUAGAUCUUUCAUAAAUGGUCGCUCACAACUUGAUUGGUGGGCUGAUGAUAUUCGAAUAGCUCCUUCAGCUGGUGCUUUACUUCUGGGUCAUACUGUUUUGGCUCCAAAGUAUAACGAGGGUAGUCGGUUAUUUAUGGGUACUGUACUUUCACAGGUAGAUUACUGCACGUUUAUUAUCUGCUUUGAAGACCCUAAUUCAAAAAUAAAACAUCGUGAAAAUAUUCAAGAAACUCAUGUACAUGAACUACUAUCAUAUUUGGAUUUUCAUCGUCACCCUGUUGAUGCAGGAGAUUUUGUUCUUGUACCUCAGUGUAUAUCUAAUUGUAAGGAAUUGAAUCAUUCACAAAAGCAUUAUCUUAUUCCUUAUUAUGUUGCGAAAGUUUUAUCUGGUUACGAAUCGCGGUCAUCGAUUAGAAACGUGUCAGAUAAACCUGUAAUGGUAGAAUUUGUCAAAAAAGGAAAUAGUGAAACAAUUCCAAGUACCAAUUUUAAAAUUCCAUUCAACACCGCUAUAUGGAUACCUAAUGAUCUAUUUCAAAAGAACUUCUUAUCAAGUAAAAUCCAGUGGGAAUUUACUCCCACCGAAGAAUCAAAUAUUUCAGAAUCACAAACAGGUUGCACUUUCCCAAAUGGUACCAAUACUACUAGAUUAACAAACAGUGCAGAAAUACCAAACACUGGGAUGGUCAAAUCAAAUGAAAAUAUAUUACGACCAUUCAAUCAGUUAGCUCCAUUUUCUGUCGGUGGUGUUAUUAGCAAAAACAACUCCACUAAUAAUGAUAAUGGAGAAACGAAGAUGAAUUAUGCAUAUACUAAAGAUCAAUUGGACCAGUUGAAGAGUGAAUUUAUUGAUUCAGAUUAUGCUUCAAGUAUGGACGAAGGUGGUAGCAGUAGUAAUCAUCAAAGAAAGAAAAGCUGCAAGUCAGAGUCAAAUAUCUUGUCUGAAGCAUUUCAUGAUUUUCAUUCAGAUAUUGCAAGUCGAUUCGUAGAGAGAAAAAGUUGUGAAGAUGAACGAAUUCGACGUCCUAUCAACGCUGAAGCCUGCAGAAUAUACAACCAGGUGAAAGAUGUUGCAACAUAUAUAGAUCCAGAAUUGCAAUAUGGGAAAAUGUAUAUUAAAUGGGUUAAAGACCAAGUUAAGCCUAUGAAUCGUCCAGAAUGGCGGUACUGGGGGGCUAAGCCUAUACCACAACUAACUGCACCUCCAACGUUUGAACCUUUCAAAGAUACGGUUGCCUGGAGUAGGUCAGAUCGCUUAAAAACUACAGGUAAUAUCCUACGUCCGGAGAUUCACUUCAAUAAAUUUUCAUCUAAUCGAAAAUCAACUGAUCAUUACAAUUCAAGAAACGUAGGGUUGUGGUUGAUGGACUCUUCACUUUCGAAUAAGGGUAUAUUGAAAAAGCAAUACUCAAGUUGUUCUAGCUUACCGAGAUUAAACAAUAACCGAAAUGUUGGUAGUAGUAGCAGUAGUAGUAAGGAUAUAAAUCGAAACACUAUGGACAGUAUUCGAAAUCCGAUGGAUUAUGACAGUGUGUGCCAUUCAUUACAUGAUAAUCAUCAGUUGCAUAUUCUUGGGUGUGACAAUCAAACUAAACGAGCCGAUUUUCCUGCAAGAAUUCGACCUAAAUUAAAUCUUCAUUAACAUCGAGAAUCAUUCCUCACAGUUUUUAAUAUUCAAGACUUUAUUUCGGACCAUUAAGCUAUGGAUUAAUCAUUUGUAAUUUUAGACUGGAGGGAGAAAUAAUACAGUGAUCAAUCUUUGGAUUAUUACUAUUACUAUUAUUAUCAUUACUGUUAUUAUUAUUAUUAACUUUUUCAUCGUAAUCGGGAAUAUUUCAGCUUUUCAAUAGUUUGUAAAUUAAAUCAUAGUAUCUUGCAUUAGACGUUUUGGACAAAAGCUUGGUACAGCAGUUGUUUUGAUGCACUGAAGAUUUCAAGAUAUAUCACUUAUUGAUUUUUUUUCUAUUACCACUAUAAGAGGCAUCUUGAUGCUUUCAUUGUUUUUCAUUCAGUUAUCUCCUCACUGUAAACAGAUUAUUUAUCUUCAGUUUAUUUAUAUUUCUAGACAAUAUUAUUAUUAACAGUCGUUAGCCCCAAGAUCUAUAUACAGUACGCUUUAACUGAAUUCAUUUAUCCUCAGCUCUAUUUCUUUUACUGAAAAUGAUUGUAAGUAUUAACAAAUAUGCAAUUAUUUACAUCGGAUUUCUUUUAAAGUUAUCCAUUUUAGCUGUUACAGUAAAUAAAUUUGGAUAACUGUUAAUUUCAUUUAGAGUUAAUCAAUAAUGGAUUGCAUCGACAGCAUAUGAUACAAUCUAUAGUUCUUUUUAUAAAUGCUAAUUUUAAUGACUUAUAACAUGCACCUCUGAAGAUCCAGAAAGUGGAUAAAAUUUUCUUUUUUUUUAAAGUACAUUAUGUAAUAGAUAGUUCAGUAAAGUAGUGUCAGUAUCUAAUCUGAAAACAGUCCUAGUAUUUGGAGAAGGUAGGUUGAUCUGGUGCAGAUAACAAGUUUUUACUAUGAUUAGAGAACGAAAAACGAUAACCUUAGUAUGUUAUCCAACGUCUUCAUAUGUCUAAUUUACAUUUAGUAUAUAGGAACCCUUUGAUUAUCCUAUGCAAAAAUUUCAUUUGUUUGUUGAUAGUUUCCUGAUCGAAGAUUUUCGCUGUAUACUUUGAGCAUAUUCAUCGUGUCAAUUUUUUUCACAAAUAUAUGGGUUUAAAUUAUAUGCAUAGAGUU